CACUGAGGUAACUGGCGGUUUAUGGCCUUACUGAGCAAGUGAAGAAUCAUUAAAGCAAUAUACACCAGUGGGCUACAAAAACACCACAAAUAAGGGAAAAUAUUAGGAGUUAAGAUCAACUUUGUCUGGCUAAACAAACCACCAAGAGCGGCAGCUAAGAUAAAGAGAGAACGUGAAACUGCUCAACACCUACUUUGCCUCUGUAUUCACCCCAAAGUAAAACAGUGCCCAACCUGGUGAUAACAGAAUAAACGAUGCAAUGAGGGAACUGCAGCCCAAUAUAGGAAAAGAGGUGAUGGGGGAACACCUGACUACUUUAAAUGAAUUCAGAUCUCCAGGGCCUGAUGAGCUGCACCUAAGGGUACUAAAGGAGCUUUUGAAUCUCAGAGCCUCUGACUGGAGACAGACAAAUGUAGUCCCCAUCUUCAAAAAGAGGAAAAGAAAAGACCCAGUGCCUGCAUUGCCUUGGGUUAAUAUUAUCACCAUGGAGCAAGGUACACUCAGAACCAUUACCUGUCUAUUUAAGUGCUUCUUUCCAAUGGGAAAAGGUCUCGAUGAUUGUCUGCAGCAAUAUAUCAAGAAUUUUGAGAGAGAAAAGAUUGGUGGAGAUCAAUUGCUACGUAUCACUCAUCAAGAACUGGAGGAUCUGGGGGUUACUCGAAUUGGUCAUCAAGAACUCAUCUUAGAAGCAGUUGACUUGCUCUGUGCAUUGAACUAUGGACUGGAAACUGAAAACCUAAAGACACUUUCUCACAAGCUAAAUGCAUCUGCCAAAAACCUUCAGAACUUUAUCACGGGAAGAAGGAGAAGUGGUCACUAUGAUGGCAGAACCAGCAGAAAAUUACCAAAUGAUUUCCUUACCUCAGUGGUGGAUCUGAUUGGAGCAGCAAAAAGUCUCCUGGCUUGGCUAGACAGAUCACCUUUUGCUGCUGUGACAGAUUAUUCUGUAACAAGGAACAAUGUCAUACAGCUCUGUCUUGAAUUAACAACUAUUGUACAGCAGGAUUGCACAGUAUAUGAAACAGAGAACAAAAUUCUUCAUGUGUGUAAGACACUAUCUAGCGUCUGUGACCACAUAAUCUCACUCUCAUCUGAUCCUCUUGUGUCUCAAUCUGCUCACCUGGAAGUGAUCCAGCUGGCAAACAUCAAACCAAGCGAAGGGCUGGGUAUGUACAUUAAAUCUACAUAUGAUGGUCUUCAUGUAAUUACUGGAACAACAGAAAAUUCACCUGCAGAUCGAUGUAAGAAAAUCCAUGCUGGAGAUGAAGUGAUCCAAGUUAACCACCAAACUGUGGUGGGGUGGCAGUUGAAAAAUUUGGUGAAUGCACUACGAGAGGAUCCGAGUGGUGUUAUCUUAACUUUGAAAAAGCGACCUCAGAGCAUGCUUACCUCAGCACCAGCUUUACUGAAAAAUAUGAGAUGGAAGCCCCUUGCUCUGCAGACAAGCCUGAAAGAAUAUAUAAGAUCCCUGAACAUGAAUUCUGUGUAUAAGGUUUCCAUUUAUCCUCUUGUACCUAGAAGUCCUACAAGCAGUGUGGCAACACCAUCCAGUACUAUAAGCACACCGACCAAGAGAGACAGUUCAGCACUUCAGGACCUCUACAUACCUCCUCCUCCAGCAGAGCCUUAUAUUCCCAGGGAUGAAAAGGGGAAUCUUCCAUGUGAUGAUAUCGGAAGACACUUAGUGGGAAAACCAGUGCACAAGGGAUCUGAAUCUCCAAAUUCCUUUCUGGACCAAGAAUACCGAAAGCGUUUUAAUGUGGUUGAAGAAGAUGCUGUUUUAUACUGUUAUGAAUAUGAAAAGGGAAGAACAAGUAGCUCUGGAAGGAGAGAGAGCACUCCAACCUAUGGCAAGCUAAGACCUAUAUCUAUGCCAGUAGAAUAUAACUGGGUAGGGGAUUAUGAAGAUCCCACCAAGACAAAAAGAGAUAGCAGGAGAGAAAAUUCAUUACUUCGGUAUAUGAGCAAUGAAAAAAUAGCUCAAGAGGAUUACAUGUUUCAAAGAAACAGCAAAAAGGACACAGGCAAAAAAUCUAAAAAGAGGGGAGAUAAAAGCAACAGUCCUAGUCAUUAUUCUCUGCUACCUAGUUUACAAAUGGAUUCAUUAAGGCAAGACAGCAUGAGCACACCUGGGCCUGAAACAUCUUUAUAUCACACAUUUCAACAAUCCUCUCUACAGCAUAAGUCUAAAAAGAAGAACAAAGGUCUCGCACCAAGUAAGAGUAAAAGGCGAAUUUCUUGUAAAGAUCUUGGUCGUGGAGACUGUGAAGGCUGGCUCUGGAAAAAGAAAGAUGCCAAGAGUUAUUUCUCACAAAAAUGGAAGAAAUACUGGUUUGUCCUGAAGGAUACUUCUCUCUACUGGUAUAUCAAUGAGGAGGAUGAAAAAGCAGAGGGAUUCAUCAGUCUGCCAGAAUUUAAAAUUGAUAGAGCUAGUGAAUGUCGCAAGAAGUAUGCAUUCAAAGCUUGCCAUCCUAAGAUCAAAAGCUUUUACUUUGCUGCUGAGCAUCUAGAUGACAUGAGCAGGUGGUUAAACAGAAUUAAUAUGCUUGCUGCUGGUUAUGCAGAAAGAGAGAGGAUCAAACAAGAGCAAGAUUAUUGGAGUGAAAGUGAUAAGGAAGAAGUAGACACACCAUCAACACCCAAACAAGACAGCCCACCUCCACCAUACGACACAUACCCACGACCUCCUUCGAUGAGCUGCGCAAGCCCUUUUGUGGAACCAAAGCAUAGCCGACUCUCUUCCACUGAAACUUCCCAGUCCCAGUCUUCACACGAGGAAUUCCGUCAGGAACCAGUUGGGAGUACUACUGAAUCUCCCAUCCGCAAAACAGCUAGCCAGCGACGUUCUUGGCAGGAUUUAAUAGAGACUCCACUGACAAGCUCAGGGUUGCACUACCUUCAGACUCUACCACUUGAGGACUCUGUUUUCUCUGACUCAGCUGUUAUCUCUCCAGAACACAGGCGGCAGUCAACUCUUCCUACUCAAAAGUGCCACCUGCAGGAUCACUAUGGCCCUUUCCCUUUAGUGGAGGGUGAGAAAAUGCAAGCCCUAAAUGGGAAUGGGGGCAAGCCCCGCAGUUAUACUCUGCCCCGGGAUAGUGGGUUCAACCAUUGCUGCCACACACUCUCUGUCAGUGCCUCCAGCCAUCAGGAAGAAUUGCCACAGAAAGAGCAAGAAGAGGAAGAAGAGGGAAGGCAAAUUGCACCAGAAAACCAAGAAGAUGAAAGCUAAAGCACUGCGAGAGUUGAUAGAACCUCCCCAUGCCAACUCGGAUCCACUUCUCUUGGCACUGAACCGAUUGGACUCAGAGAUUGAUAAACUAUUGGUUAGAGAAUUUAGAUCGGAGAGAAUUGGCACGACGGAGACUCAUCUUCAGCCUCUUGCAAGCAACCUCUAAUGUCCUGCAUUCUGAAAGCCAAUCAAUUCUUCUUGAAUAACUGAUGUUUUUAAGAAAGAACUGACUUUAAAACAUAGACAACCAAAUGCCUGGGUAAGGGGCCUCCAGGAAAGUCUUACAAAGGGCAAACCUGUUGCCAGAUCUAUUGCUUUUAUUUUGAAGAAUGCAUCCUUUCUACAGAGGGAUUAGGCACAAUAUCAGACCCAGGCUACAUGGAAUACAGUUGCAGAAAAUACUGCUCACCAACUUGGGAGAAACAGAAGGGGGAAAGGGUGAUGGCAGGGGAAGGGCUAUGAUGAUACUCAGGUGUGUUGUGCAGUCUUCAAGGAAGGAAAGAGGGAUCAGCUGUGGUAACUAUAAAAUCAUAUUUUGAAAAUAUUUUGAAAACUUCACUUACUUCCAUUCAUCCAAAGUGGCAAAAGCUAAUACCAUUCCUAGUGUAUUUCACAGUAGUGAAGGAAGAUAACUUGCUGUAUAAUACUCAUUCAAUGUAUUCUGUCAAGUCCAAGUGUGCACAGACUGUUGCAAGACCUAAAGCCGAAUUCUAACUGUGUUUACUUAGGAGCAAAUCCUAUUAAUUUCAGUGGGAUUUAGGCUCAAACUACACAUGAUGGUAGCAGAACCAUUUAUUUAAAUCCACAUCUCUACCAAAAAUGUCCACAAAGGAUGUGAACAGAUUCCUUUUUUAAAGCAAAGGUUGUAUGCCUUUGGGGACUGGUGACCCUUUCCUCCAUGUGCUGUAUCUUCCUGCAGUUUGCCCCACGGGACAUUUUAUUCUAAGCUGAGCUCCAAUUCCAGAAUUGAGCUCAAUGUGGAGAAGAAAAGGACUGGGGAGAGGCUUUAAGGUGGUUAUUAGCAGUGUACAUGUGGAAGGUUCAGUUGGCCUAAAAAUCACAUCCCUACUCCACACUUAAUAUGUGAUUGAAGCAGACCUGGGUUUAAAUACUGUCAUGUGUAGCUUAAUCCUUGUUUUCAAGUAAGUGUGCUUAGGAUUGCAACAGAGUUUGUUAAGCAGUUUAUUAAUGAUUUAUCUGAUGGUGCACAAAUACUGAUUUUAUGACAGUUAAUAUAAUGCCUCACUUUGGUGUGUUUCAAACUGCAGAUAGAAAUCUUCAAUUUCUCCUUACCUUCUAGGAUUUAAAUGUGAGUGAUGUUGCCUUGCAGCAUAGACAUAAGGUAUUCUCUGUAAAUCCUUCAGGAUCCCUAGGAGGCAAUUUGGAGGGGCCAAGAUUUCGAUGGAAUGUCUCCCUAAGUAGAUUCAGAUAUUGUCUAUCAUUAUGUUUUGGGUCUCCUAUGGAUCAUUUUUUGCCUGUAUCUCUGUGAUUGGAUGUGGGUUUUCUUUCUAUUUUUGGCUAAGGGUGUACUGUAAUGUCAAUGCUAAAUUCUUGAUAUUUCAUACUAAUUAUGGAGAGAGAAUUUUAAGAUGUAUUUUGAAAUGUUUUAUUUCUGUCAGGUCCAUGUAUGGUAUUGCAUUAUGUUAAUACCAAUAAAAUAUAUAGAGUUAUUUAUAUACAAAUGCAUAUAUUUCCCUUUUUAUAAAGGUGUUGCAAUUUUUUCAUAAGGAAAUAAUACACAGCAACUGCUUGACAGCAGUAAGAAAACUCUAGAAGCUUUAAUAUGCAAUAAUAAUAA